AUGUCUGACGGCCGCAAGGACAUGAAGGCUCAGGAGAAGAUGACUCCCGAGAGCAGCAAGUCCACCACCGACAAGGUCAAGGAGGGCGCGACCAACCUCGGCGAUACUGUCCAGCGUGACGCCGUCCCCGACAGCGAGAAGUCUACCGGACAGUCGAUGUCUGACAAGGCCAGCCGCGAGAAGGACUCCGCCAAGGGCGAGAGCACGAUGGACAAAGUCAAGGGUUCGAUCGGCAUGAACAAAUAG